GGCUCAAUCGCCGAUCGAUAAAGGCAGCAUUCAAAUUGUAGGCUAGACUCACCUCCGUCCUCCGCCGGUUUACAGGGAUUCAAAAGGAAAGCUGUUAAACAGCACAUGCAAGAGCGCACCACCAGAGAUGCUCACACUUGAUGCCCCUCUCAGCAGAGAUGGUUGAGCCCUCGUCCAGGUUGCUGUGGUCCUAUCCUAAAAUUCAGUCUUGCUCACUUCUCUCUUAUCAGCUGACACAGCGCGGCGGGCGGUUCUGCCUGUUUUUCCUCUGAGAAGGGAAAGGGGAUCUACUUUAACCCAACAUAAAGAAAACACAGGCUAUAGGUUACAUGUGUUAGUUGUGAACAUGAAGGGGAUUUACAGAGACGGAUACUACGACGGAUCUAUUGAACUACGGAACGUUUUCAACAGGAGAUGCAUUAAAUGUGGCCGAGGGGACUUUGUUCAAGCCAAAACGAUGAGGAUUAGGACGGGAAUUGUUUUUUGGAAUCUCAUCUUUUCACUGAUGUUCACUUGUGUGAAAGGUUUCAUUCAUACUUGCGGAGGCACUUUAAAAGGGAGGAACGGUACAAUAGAAAGCCCCGGGUUUCCAUAUGGAUAUCCAAAUGGAGCGAACUGUACCUGGGUGAUUGUUGCCGAGGAGGGAAGCAGAAUUCAUAUAGUUUUUCAAUCUUUCGCUGUGGAGGAGGAAUAUGACUUUUUAUCUUUGUAUGACGGGCAUCCACAUCCGGCUAACUUCAGGACGAGGAUAACAGGAUUUACCAUCCCUCCGCCUGUUACCAGUUCUGGCUCCAUUUUUUCACUGAGGCUUACCAGUGACUUUGCAGUAAGCGCUCAUGGAUUUAAGGUGGCUUAUGAAGAGCUGAGAAGCAGCUCAUGUGGAAACCCAGGAGUUCCACCCAAAGGAAUACUGAAUGGAACUCAAUUCAACGUAGGUGACAAGAUCCGCUACCGGUGCGUCACCGGCUACGUCCUGGACGGACAUUCGCUCCUCACCUGUGUGACCAACGCAGCUGAUGUGUCAGUGUGGGACUUCCCUGUGCCAAUCUGCAGAGCGGAGGACACGUGCGGUGGCACCCUAAGGGGCUCCAGCGGGCUCAUCUCCAGCUUCGAUUUCCCCAGUGGUGACUCCCCUGGCGCUGGUGGAGGUGCUGGAGGCCUGGGCAGCAGCGGGGAGUGUAAAUGGACCAUCCUGGCAGAUCCUGGGGACACCAUCUCCCUGGUUUUCACUGAAUUUCAGAUGGAGGAGAAGUCUGAUUAUUUGGAAGUAGAGGGAUCUGAACCGACAACCAUUUGGAUGACUGGAAUGAAUAUUCCAGCACCCAUCAUCAGCAACAAAAACUGGCUGCGGCUGCAUUUUGUGACAGAGAGCAACCACCGCCACAAAGGCUUCAGGGCUCAGUAUCAAGUGAAAAGCUCUGGAGAGCUUAAAUCCAGAGGGGUAAAAUUAUUACCAGGAAAGGACAACACUAACAAACUGUCUUUGAUGAAUGAAGGAGGAAUCAAACAGGUGUCUAAUUACUGCCCUGACCCAGGGGAGCCGGAGAAUGGCAAACGGAUUGGCGCCGACUUCAGCAUCGGAGCAACUGCUCAAUUUUCCUGUGAUGAAGACCAUGUGCUGCAAGGUUCCAAAACGAUUACCUGCCAGCGCGUAGCAGAAGUCUUUGCGGCUUGGAGCGACCACAGACCCGUCUGCAAGGUGAAAACGUGUGGGUCAAAUCUACAAGGACCCUCUGGGACUUUUACAUCUCCUAACUUCCCUAUCCAGUAUGAGAGUAACUCCCAGUGUGUGUGGAUCAUCACAGCCAGUGAUCCAACCAAGGUUAUUCAGAUCAACUUUGAAGAGUUCGACCUAGAAAUUGGGUAUGAUUCGCUAACAAUCGGAGAUGGAGGGGAAGUAGGUGAUUCUAAAACAAUAAUACAAGUGCUGACUGGGAGCUUUGUCCCAGACCUGAUUGUCAGCAUGUCCCAUCAGAUGUGGCUUCAUCUCCAGUCUGAUGAGAGUGUGGGCUCGAUCGGCUUCAAGAUCAACUAUAAAGAAAUUGACAAAGAGAGUUGUGGUGACCCUGGUACACCCCUGUACGGUUACCAAGAGGGUAGUGGCUUUCUAAAUGGAAAUGUUCUGCGCUUUGAAUGCCAGUUUGGAUUCGAGCUCAUCGGGGAGAGGAUGAUAACCUGCCAGAACAACAAUCAGUGGUCGGCUAAUAUCCCCAUCUGCAUAUUCCCCUGUUUCUCCAACUUCACCGCCCCCAUGGGGACAGUGUUGUCUCCUGACUACCCAGAGGGCUAUGGAAACAACCUCAACUGUGUGUGGCUCAUUAUCUCUGAGCCUGGCUCCAGAAUACACCUGGCUUUCAAUGAUUUUGACCUGGAGCCUCCCUAUGACUUCCUCACUAUCAAAGAUGGGGACCAGUCAGAAGCCAUAAUACUAGGACGCUUCUCAGGGGCCGAAGUUCCUUCCCAUCUGACGUCCAACAGCAAUGUUCUGCAGCUGGAGUUUCAGGCUGAUCACUCUAUGUCUGGGCGAGGGUUCAACAUCACCUAUAGCACUUUCGGGCAUAAUGAGUGCCCUGACCCUGGCAUACCGUUGAAUGCCAGGCGCUUUGGGGACAGUUUCCAACUGGGUAGUUCCAUCUCAGUGGUUUGUGAGGAGGGUUUCAUCAAGACGCAGGGGGCUGACACCAUCACAUGCCAUCUGGAGGAAGGCAAGGGGAUGUGGAGCGGACUCAUUCCCAAAUGUGAAGCUCCUUGUGGUGGCCACUACUCCGGGCCGUCUGGUGUCAUCCUUUCCCCGGGGUGGCCAGGCUACUACAAAGACUCCCUGAGUUGUGAGUGGGUCAUUGAGGCCGAGCCGGGAAGCUCCAUCAAGAUCAGCUUUGACAGGUUUCAAACUGAACUCAGUUAUGACUUCCUGGAAGUGCAUGACGGUCCCAACCUGCUCUCUCCUCUGAUUGGCUCGUUUAAUGGAACCCAGGUCCCUCAGUUCCUGUUUAGUAGCAGCAACUUUCUGUAUCUGCUUUUCACCACCGAUAACAGUCGAUCAAACAGUGGCUUCAAGAUAUUCUAUGAAGUGGUCACAUUGGACACAUACUCCUGCAUGGAUCCUGGUAUCCCAGUGAAUGGCGUACGGUUAAGCCAUGACCUGUCCAUCGGCUCCACGGUGUCCUUCCAGUGUGACCCAGGAUACAGGCUGAGCCACGAGGAGCCGCUGGUUUGUGAGAAGAACCACUUCUGGAGCCACCCACUGCCCACUUGUGAUGCAUCAUGCGGUGGGGACAUCAGGGGACCUGGAGGCAUCAUCUUAUCACCUGGCUUCCCGGAGCUGUAUCCUAACUCGCUAAACUGUACAUGGACUGUGGAAGUCAGUCAUGGAAAAGGUGUCCAAUUCACUUUUUACUCCUUCCACCUGGAGGAUCAUCAUGACUACCUUCUGAUAACAGAAAAUGGCAGCUUCGCCCAGCCACUGGCUCGACUCACCGGCUCAGAGAGGCCUUCACCAGUUAAUGCCGGCCUGUAUGGGAACUUCAAGGCCCAGCUACGCUUCAUUUCUGACUUCUCUAUAUCGCUGCAGGGAUUCAACAUCUCCUUCUCGGAGUACGAUCUUGAACCCUGUCAGGACCCUGGAACGCCUCAGUUUGGCUGGCACACGGGCUCCAGGUUUGGCAUUGGUGACUCACUGGCAUUCUACUGCAACACAGGAUAUCGUCUACAGGGGGCGAGGGAGAUUGGGUGCUUGGGAGGUGGCCGUCGCAUGUGGAGUGCCCCUCUGCCAAGGUGUGUGGCGGAGUGUGGAUCGACAGUCUCCAACAAUGAGGGAGUUCUUUUAUCACCAAACUAUCCAAUGAACUAUGACAACAGCCACGAAUGUGUGUACAGCAUUCAGGUCCAAACAGGCAAAGGCAUCAACAUCACUGCCAGCACCUUUCAACUUGCACAAGGUGACGUCAUCAAGGUGUAUGAUGGAAAAGAUGGUGCAGCCCCACUCCUUGGCUCAUACACAGGCACGUCGAUGCAAGGUCUGUCUCUUACCAGCACCUCCAACUAUCUGUGGCUUGAAUUUUACUCUGACCAGGAGGCGACAGCAGCGGGGUUCCGGCUCAUAUACCACAGCUUUGAGCUAUCCCACUGCGAUGACCCAGGUGUGCCGCAGUUCGGCUUCAAAGUUAGUGACCAGGGUCACUUUGCUGGAAGUGCCAUCACGUUCGGCUGCGACCAAGGUUACACCCUGCACGGCAGUGGCAUACUCAAGUGCAUGACUGGGGAGAGAAGGGCAUGGGACAACCACAUGCCGUCAUGUAUAGCGGAGUGUGGUGGGAGUUUCAAGGGUGAGUCUACAGGGCGUAUCCUCUCCCCUGGGUAUCCCUUCCCCUACGACAACAACCUGAGGUGCACCUGGACAAUUCAGGUCAACUCUGGCAACAUUGUCAGUCUCCAGUUUCUUGCAUUUGACACUGAGGCGUCUCACGACAUCCUUAAGGUGUGGGACGGGCCUCCUGAGAACGAGAUGGCUCUGAAGGAGGUUAGCGGCUCACUGCUGCCUGAGGGGAUCCACUCCACUCUCAACGUCGUCACCAUACAGUUCGAGACUGACUUUUAUAUCACCAAGUCUGGCUUUGCUAUCGACUUCUCCAGUUCGGUUGCGACAGCUUGCAGAGAUCCAGGUAUUCCCAUGAAUGGCAGUCGCAACGGGGAAGGGCGGGAGCCCGGUGACUCUGUGACCUUCUCUUGUGAUCCAGGAUAUGAAUUGCAGGGGGAGAGUAGAAUCACCUGCAUCCAAGUGGAAAAUAGAUACUACUGGCAACCCAGCCCUCCAAGCUGCAUCGCUCCUUGUGGUGGGAAUGUGACUGGAUCUUCAGGAUUCAUCCUCUCUCCCAACUACCCACACCCCUACCCUCACAGCAAAGACUGUGACUGGCUUAUUGCUGUUCACUCUGACUAUGUCAUCUCCUUGGCUUUCAUCAGCUUCAGUAUUGAGCCCAACUAUGAUUUCUUGUAUAUCUACGAUGGGCCAGACAGCGGCGCUCAUCUGAUUGGCAGUUUCCAAGACAGUAAACUUCCUGAGAAAAUUGAGAGCACUUCCAACUUCAUGUACUUGGCAUUUCGCAGCGAUGGCUCUGUGAGCUACACCGGCUUUCAAUUGGAAUACAAAGCAAAACUGCGGGAGGCGUGUUUUGAUCCAGGGAAUGUGAUGAACGGCUCUAGAAUGGGUACUGACUACAAGCUGGGAUCUAUGGUAACAUUUCAUUGUGAGGCUGGUUACCUGCUGCAGGGCUACUCCACUCUAACAUGUGUCAUGGGCAACAGCAAGAGACCAGAGUGGGACAGAGCCAAACCAAGCUGCCAAGCUCCCUGUGGCGGGCACUUCACAGGUUCAGAGGGAACUGUGCUGUCCCCAAACUACCCUCAUAAUUACACCAGAGGCCAGAGCUGUGUCUAUGACAUCUUCGUCCCUGGGGACUUUGUGCUGUUUGGUCAGUUUGUGGUAUUCCAGACUUUAGCCAGUGAUGUGGUCGAGAUCUAUGACGGAUCGUCCACAGAUUCAGCCCUUCUCUCCUCCAUAUAUGGAUCACACUCAGGCGAGACACUCCCUUUGAGUUCAGGAAACAAGAUAACGCUCAAGUUUACCACAAAUGGAACAGAAACAGCCAAAGGAUUUCACUUUGUCUACCAAGCUGUCCCCCGGACAAGCGCCUCUCAGUGUAGCUCGGUCCCUGAGCCCCGGUUUGGAAAGAGGAUAGGGAACGACUUUGGCAUCGGUAUGGUGGUACUGUUUGAAUGCAAUCCAGGCUACACGCUGCACGGCUCCAACGCCAUCAGGUGUGAGGCCGUGCCCAAUGCCCUGGCCCAGUGGAACGGCACUGUGCCCACAUGUGUUGUUCCCUGCGGCGGGGUGUUAACUGACCGCAGGGGCACUAUCCUCUCUCCCGGAUACCCAGAUCCAUACACCAACUAUCUGAACUGUGCCUGGAAAAUCUCUGUCCCCGAGGGAGCCGGCAUCCAACGAGUUUAUGGAGGUACAACAAUUCCUCAGCUGCUGAACAGCACAUCAAACAACCUGUACUUGACCUUCCAGUCUGACAUCAGUGUAUCUGCCGCUGGCUUCCACUUGGAGUACACAGCAAUAGGUUUGGAUUCGUGCCCAGAGCCGCUGCCUCCCAGUAACGGCCAGAAAGUGGGCGACCGCUACACCGUGGGUGACAUGGUUUCCUUCCAAUGUGAUCAAGGCUUCUCGUUACAGGGUAAUGCAUAUAUUACCUGCAUGCCUGGCCCCGUCAGAAGGUGGAAUUACCCUGUGCCACUGUGUUUAGCUCAGUGUGGCGGCUCUAUGACAGACUUCAGCGGCGUCAUCCUCAGCCCAGGCUUCCCAGGGAAUUACCAGAGCAGCCUGGACUGCAGCUGGAGAGUUCAACUCCCUAUUGGCUUCGGGAUCCAUCUGCAGUUUCUAAACUUCUCCACAGAGCCUGUUCAUGACUAUCUGGAGGUGCGCAGCGGGAACCUGGAGACAGGAACAGUGAUUGAUCGUUUCAGUGGCCCUGUUGUGCCCAGUUCUCUCUUUAGCACCACCCACGAGACCACUCUGUUCUUCCACAGCGACUACUCCCAGAACAAACAUGGCUUCCACAUUGUCUACCAGGCAUAUGAGCUACAGAGGUGUCCGGACCCACGACCGUUUCGUAACGGCAUAGUGAUCGGUCAGGACUACAGUGUGGGGAUGACCAUUUCCUUUGAAUGCCUUCCAGGUUACACUCUGCUUGGAGAACCAUCUCUCACAUGUCUGCAUGGAGUCAGCAGGAACUGGAAUCACCCCAUACCUCGCUGCGAAGCUCUCUGUGGUGGGAAUGUAACAUCCAUGAAUGGCACAAUUUACUCUCCUGGACACCCAGCCGAGUAUCCACACUUCCAGGACUGCUUGUGGACUGUCAGAGUACCUCCUGGGUAUGGCAUCUACAUCAAUUUCUCUGUUAUCAAUACAGAGGCAAUCUACGAUUACAUCACUGUGUGGGAUGGACCCGACCAGGCCUCGCCUCAAAUCGGUCAGUUCAGUGGCAACUCCAUACAGGAGGGCGUGUCCACCACUGCCAAUCAGAUCCUCAUCAAAUUCCACAGCGACUUCAGCACCAGCGGCUUCUUUGUUCUGCAUUAUUACGCAUACCAGCUGAGAACAUGUCAGCCACCCCCUCCUGUUGCCAAUGCCACUAUCCUAACCGAUGAUGACGAGUUUGAAAUAGGGGACAUCAUUCGGUACUCGUGCCUGCCGGGCUUCACCUUGGUGGGCAGUGAGAUUCUGACCUGUCGACUUGGAGAGCGGCUACAGAUGGAUGGACCCCCACCAGUCUGUCAAGUCCAAUGUCCAGCCCAUGAGGUGCGUUUUGACUCAACGGGGGUGAUCUUGAGUCCAGGCUACCCUGAUAACUACCCCAAUCUCCAGAUGUGCUCCUGGCUGAUCAAUGUGGAGAAGGGUUACAACAUGACUCUGCACUUUGAACUCUUCCAGACAGAGAAAGAGUUUGACAUCUUGGAAAUAUUUGAUGGUCCCAACAUCUACAGCCAGAGCAUGGCAUCACUCAGUGGAGACAUUGAAACCCCCUUCAGCAUGACCACCACAGGCCACCAGCUGCUACUGCGCUGGUCCUCUGAUCACGGCACCAACCGACGCGGCUUCCACAUCAGAUACGUGGCGAUGUACUGCAGUACCCCAGACUCCCCACAACACGGCUUUGUAGUGAGCCAGACUGGGGGUCAUCUUAACAGCAUGGUGCGCUGGGCCUGCGACAGGGGGUACAAGCUGAUCGGAAAGGGCACAGCUGUGUGCAAGAAGACCACCUAUGGCUACUUUGCCUGGGACGCGCCAGUUCCUGCAUGUCAAGCUGUGUCAUGCGGUGUGCCCAGUGCGCCAGUGAACGGAGGUGUGCUCGCUGCUGAUUACUCUGUCGGCACACGGGUGACCUACUUCUGCAACAACGGCUACAGACUCUCCUCUAAAGAGCUGACGACCACAGUCUGCCAGCCAGACGGCACCUGGAGCAACCACAACAAGAUACCCAGAUGCAUCGUCAUUAUGUGUCCCAGUCUCAGCUCCUUCUCUCUGGACCAUGGGAAAUGGAGGAUCGUCAACGGUUCGCACUAUGAGUAUGGAACUAAAAUAAUCUUUACCUGCAACCCUGGAUUCUACCGCGUUGGCCCCACCCACAUCCAGUGCCUGGCCAACGGUGUGUGGAGCUGGAGAAACGAGAGGCCUCGUUGUAGAAUCAUUUCCUGUGGGGAUCUGACCACUCCUCCAAAUGGGAAGAAAAUUGGGACCCAAACUACCUUCGGAGCAUCAGCCAUUUUUAGCUGUAACCUUGGCUAUGUUUUAACUGGAUCUACAGUAAGAGAGUGUCUCCUGUCCGGCCUAUGGAGUGGGAUGGAGACUCACUGCCUGGCCGGUCACUGUGGUGUUCCAGAGCAGAUCGUAAAUGGGCAGGUGAUCGGGGAAAACUUUGGGUAUAGAGACACAGUGGUUUACCAAUGCAACCCUGGAUUCAGGCUCCUUGGCUCCUCAGUACGGAUCUGCCAGCAGGACCACAACUGGUCUGGACAGCUACCAGUUUGUAUCGCUGUCACAUGUGGCCAUCCAGGUAGCCCUAUAUAUGGCCGCACAACAGGUGAUGGCUUCAACUACAAUGAUGGGGUGCGUUUCUCCUGCAACAAAGGCUACACGCUGGAAGGACCCUCCACAGCUCAGUGCCAGGCGAGCCGCCAGUGGAGCCAGCAGCCACCGACAUGCAGAGUGGUAAACUGCACAGAUCCAGGUAUCCCUGCCAAUUCUAUCCGGGAGAGUAAGAUUGAGCAUGGUAACUUUACAUUCGGCAGCGUGGUCUUCUACGACUGUAACCCAGGAUAUUACCUGUUCGGCUCAGCAGUGCUCACCUGCCUGCCGGUAGGCCACUGGGAAAAACCUCUACCAGAAUGCAUCGAGGUGGACUGCGGCCACCCAGGUACUCCUCCACAUGGAGUAAUGAGCGGGGAGAAGUUUACAUUUGGCUCCACAGUGCGCUAUUCCUGCUCUGGAGACCGCCAGCUCAUAGGAGAAUCAUCACUCACCUGUCAACUAAAUGGACACUGGAGUGGUCCACUGCCCCACUGCGCAGGUGACUCGGCUGGCACCUGUGGGGAUCCUGGCACACCUGCCCAUUGCAGCAGGGAGGCAGGCAACUUCAAAGUGCGCAGCAAGGUGCGCUUCACCUGCGCAGUGGGACAUACACUGUACGGGUCAGCAGAGAGGAUCUGCUUCCCUAAUGGGACCUGGUCGGGCAGACAGCCCUUCUGUAAACCGGUACAGUGUGGGAACCCAGCCACACCUGCUCAUGGCCGUAUUUCCCGUGUGGAUGGCACAACCUUCUCCCACUCUAUCGUGUAUUCUUGUAUGGAGGGUUAUUUUCUCACUGGUGCACCCACACGCCAGUGUCUGGCAAAUAGCACUUGGUCUGGAACGGCUCCAAACUGCACAAUGAUCACCUGUGGCGACCCUGGUAUUCCAGCGAGUGGACUUAGAUUUGGUGAUGACGUCACGGUGGGCCAGAAUGUGACGUUUAUGUGUCAGCCGGGAUAUGUGAUUAUAGGAGGGGACAACGCUGUCACAAGGACCUGCACCAACAAUGGCACCUGGAGUGGCACCAUGCCAGUAUGCCAAGUGGUGACGUGUCCUACACCUCCACCUAUACCCAACGGCCUCCUGAAGGGCUCAGUCCUGGAGUGGGGUACCAGCGUGAGCUACAGCUGUCUAGCUGGCUAUGAGCUGUCCUUCCCUGCUGUGCUCACCUGCACAGGCAAUGGGACAUGGAGCGGUGACCUGCCUCAGUGCUUGCCCAAGUUCUGUGGAGACCCUGGUAUGCCUGCCAAAGGACGGAGAGAAGGGCGCAGUUUCAUCUUCAAGUCUGAGGUGGUGUUUAGCUGCAGCACCCCCUAUAUGCUGGUCGGAUCAACAACACGCAUGUGUCAAGAGGACGGCACCUGGAGCGGAUCUCAGCCUCGAUGUAUAGAGCCCACAAGAACCACCUGUGAAAAUCCAGGGACCCCUGAGCAUGGCUUCAUGAAUUACACAACCGGCUUUAAGGUGGGCAGCAGAGUAGACUUCCAGUGCCAACAGGGACACCUACUGCAGGGCUCCACCACCCGGCUCUGUUUGCCAGAUCUCACCUGGACCGGCAUCCAGCCUAGCUGUAUCCCUCACUCCUGCAAGCAGCCGCGGAGCCCGGCCAACGCUGACGUCGUGGGUCUAGACCUUCCCUCCUAUGGUUACACCCUGGUGUACACCUGUCAGCCAGGUUAUUUCCUCUCCGGGGGUUCAGAGCACCGUGUCUGCCGCUCUGACGGCAGCUGGACUGGCAAGGUGCCUGUGUGCAGAGUCGGUUCCAAAUCACAUGAGAAAACUGUCAAACCCAUACCAGGGACACCAAGCCCUAAAAUAAAUGUUCCUGACCACGUCUUUGCCCCUGAUUUCGUUUGGAAGGGUUCCUAUGAUUACAAAGGCCAGAAACAGCCAAUGACUUUGACAGUCACACGCUUUAAUGCCACAACGGGAAAAGUCAAUGUAACUUUAACCGACAGUAGCAUGGAGUUUCUGCUCUCUGGAGUGUACAAGCGCCAGGAGGCACGGUUAAUGCUUCUGCUGUACCAGAUGACAGCGCUGGCCCACAGCUCCUUGAGCAGGAUAACUGAUGAGACCUGGGCAAUGGAUGGAUUUGUUUCAGCUGAGCCUGAGGGUGGCAGCUUUGUGUUCCAAGGCUUUAUACAGGGUAAAGACUACGGACAGUUUGGACUACAGAGACUUGGUUUGAGUGUGAGAGAGAAUGUUACACUCACUGACCCUGAAACCAAUGGCUCCACCAACAGCAGUUCUGUUGCUGUUGCUAUCCUCGUGCCUUUCUUUGCCCUCAUCUUUGCAGGCCUCGGAUUUUAUCUCUACAAACAGAGGAAAACAGAUAAAGCGCAGUACACAGGAUGCUCUGUCCACGAGAACAACAACGGACAGGCCACUUUUGAGAAUCCCAUGUACAACACAAACACGAAAGCCGCUGAGGGGAAAGUUGUCCGCUUUGACCCCAAUCUCAACACCAUCUGCACCAUGGUUUGAUGUCUACGGAGUAUGAACGAAAGACAGAAGGGGAAAGAGAGUCACACAUUGAGGGGAGAAUACAACUUCUCUUUGUUUUGCUUAACAUGAAUAUAAUCAACAUAUUUAUAUUUUCCCUGUUUCUAAUGAGAUACAACAAAGACACAGAAUUGCUCAGAAAUAUAAAGCACACUUUCAGCAACACUUGCAAUCGAUCGUAUACUAAAGGUCAGAGAUUAAAGAGAGAGAAAGGAGAGGUCCCACGCCUUUCCGGAUCUUCCCGUAGUUUGGUGAAGAGAUGUGUUCUUUACACUCUGUGAGUGUUGGCUUCAUGAAUAAAAGAGCCUCUGGCAUUAAGAUGAAAAAUAGAGUAUUUUAUGCUCUGUUGUAUAAAUAUAGAGGGGUUACUUCACAAUGCCAAAUAAAAGUUUAACUUUAUUCUUUUGAAGAAAGGAGCCCAAAUCUAGACCCUAUAUUUUUAUUUUUGUCUUAGUCUCACAUUCAUCCUAAUGAAUUAUUUUUUCUUAUAGAGGUAAGGAGCCUCUCAAAUGUAAGUUGAUCAAUAUCAUCUUUAUAGUCUAUUUUUCAAGCAGUGGAGUGUUUGAGAGGAGAUGAAGAAGUAGAGAAGAAACUGCCUCUCUAUCAAUAGUGGUUGUGCUGUAGCCUGUUUUAAAGUUAUGUGGUCAAUUAUACCUCUUAAUUGGAUGGUACCUUCUGCUGAAAUCCUCCUACAAAAUAUAUGGCAAGGGAUUUAAUUACUGAAGUGCAGUAAAAUAUUUUGAGUGCCAUUGGGAAUGCUAGGGCUUUUAUUGUUACAGUGCAGGUUCUUUACAAGAGAUAUAGUCAACGUAAGGGUUUAUUAUCAAGUUGUGUGCAAUGAAUUGUUUUGAAUGAGUUUUUGACAGAAAUGUUGUUUAAGAAUGAGAGAUAAAUUGCUGACUAGUCUGAGAGUCUAGUCAAGGCAAACUGUAUUUCUCAGUAUAUUGGUCAUGUGGGGCUGUACUCAAAUCAUCCAUCUAUUUAACAUGUUCUUAAGUUAAUGCAACUGUUAUGAAAACAGAUUUAUUUUUAGUUAAUAUGAUUUUCCAGCUCUUUUUGUGUCCCAAAUGAACCAAAUUUGGUGUGAAUUAACCCCAGCCUUGACCCUGUAUAUAUCACAGAUCUCAAAGUAGGAGUUCCUUGCUUAGUUAUUUCAGGUUUUAUAGGAUGACAAAGUUUAGAAUACCUUCAGUGCACAGUACCUACAGUUGGCCAGGUUUCCCAGAAGUGUAUUUAAGCCUGGAUGUCGGUAAAUUAAGUGCAAAGAUGCGUCAGUGGGCAGUCUGAGGUCGGAUGAAACUAGUUGUCUUGUUUUAUGUUGCUAAAAGGUUUGACAUGCAUUUGCCUUACUUUAGAGUAAUUCCAAGACAGAGCAAGUGCAACUUCCACGCCAUCUCUGUUUUUUCAUAAACUAAGUGUUUGUGUUUCUGUACAAACUUUAUUCUUUUGGGAAACCGUGCCUUAGUCAGUAAAUUCUUAAUCCGUACUCCUACUCUGAGACACUUUGUGAAUACACGGCCCUGGCCUAUUUCAUUGACACACACUGAUACAAAUGGUUAUUUCAGUGUCUUACUGAACCAUCAGCUUCUGCCAACAAAUGUAUAGUAUAAAUGAAAACAAUUUGCACAUUUAACAUGAGCCACCAUCAGUAUUGUACUAUCAUCCAAGUCCAUCCAUGUUUUAAAAAAAAAAUGAAUUUGCCACUGUCAUCAAAUUUCUACAUCAUUGCAGUGCCUUGAAUACUGUAUGGGCAUACAUUUUUAAGGAAGGCAUAACAUUUAUUGCAUUAGUAGAACUGUACAUCAAUGUAAUUUAUCUGCACAGUUUGCAAUGAUUUAGCUGAGUGAUGUCAGCUCUGGUGGUUUAUCUAAGAGGUGUGUUUGCAAAAGCAGCUCAUACUUUCAUACCUGUGCAUGUUGGCAAAAAGUGAUCCAGUAUAGCAAUUGCUGCUAAAGUACUUUGUACCACUAUGUUGAUUCCUGUCAUUGCUGUUACAUUUUGUACAUUUAUACAGUUUUGAUACUUGAUGGCAUUCUUUGGCAAGAUGUCUUGUGUUAUCGGUAUGUAAUAUAUUUUGCGAGUUCAUAUUUCUUAUGGAUGAGAAAAGAAAUGCAUCUGGUAAAAAACAGUAUAUACAGCAAGUCAGUCUCACAUCAGACUCUGGAGUAGAGUAGAAUGCUUUUAAAUGUACCACACAAUUGUUAUCCCAGUUAGAAACCUGUGUAUAUGAAUAUGUACAUAUUACAAAAGUUUUGUAAAGAGAUAUAUUUUUUAUGCAAAUAAAGCAUUUGUAAGUUA